AUGACCCCCGCUGGGCGCGCGCAGAUCGCGUCUGCUACCGGUGUCGUUCCGACUAGCGGCGGUGCGGUUCUGAAGUAUGGAAACCCGGGUCCUGUAUCGGACUUGCUGGUCAGGAAGGCGUAUACUGCGGGGUACGACCGCCGGCUGAGGCAUCCUGCUUGGACCGCAGAGCACCUCACGCUCGCGUCGCUCGGCAAGUCGCGCGUCGAAGGCGCACCGCCGGCGGACGCGAGGGGGGACAGGACGAACUCGGCGUUCGUCGAGGACGAGUCGCUCCCUGCCGUGUUCCGUGCCAAGCUUCAGGAUUACUUCCGGAGCGGGUACGACCGCGGACACAUGGUGCCGGCUGCGGACGCGAAGAUGUCCCAGGAGGCGAUGGACGAGACGUUUCUCCUCUCGAAUAUCGCGCCUCAAGUUGGUGUGGGGUUCAAUCGCCACUACUGGGCAUACGUCGAGAACUGGUGUAGAGGGCUGACGGGCACAUUCUCGGACGUGUAUGUGUUCACCAUUCCCUUGUACUUACCGCGCCAGGAUCCGGAUGGCAAGUGGAGAGUGACACACGAAGUCAUUGGCUCGCCGCCAAACAUUGCUGUCCCGACGCAUUUCGCAAAAGUCGUACUGGCUUCUCGGCCGUCGUCGCCCUCAAAACCGGACGUACACGAGAUCUCGACUGGCGCUUUCGUCCUCCCGAACGCUAUUAUUCCAGAUGAAGCCUCUUUCGAGACAUUCGUGACACCCGUGGAGGCCGUCGAGCGAGCGGCGGGUCUGACGCUCUUCUCUGACGCGGUUAAGGCGCAGUCCAAGCACAUUUGCAAAACGACCAAGUGCGAGGUGAUCGUGCGCCGGUUCGACGACGCACAGAAGCGGCCAGAGAUGCGGCGGGCAGUCUCGGCGCCGCGGUGA